AAACCUUUUCCUCACACACCGACACCCCCACAUUUUUAUUUUUUCAUCUAUACUUAUACAUAUAUCACUAUCCCUCCCAUCUCUAUAUUUUUCUAUUCCCCUUCUUCUCUCUUUUUAUUCACUUCCUCCACCAUGCAAGCUAUUAUUAUUUCUUUCCUUCUCAUCAUCACAUCCCUGCUUUUCAGUUCUUUCUUUCUUCUUCUUUUCCCUUUCCUCCACUGCUGGCACCACCACAAGCACAAAAAAUUGCCUCCUGGUUCCAUGGGUUGGCCUUAUCUAGGAGAGACCCUCAAGCUCUACACUCAAAACCCAAAUUCCUUCUUCUCUAACCGACAAAAACGGUAUGGAGAUAUAUUCAAGACAAACAUAUUGGGGUGUCCUUGUGUGAUGAUAUCAAGCCCUGAGGCCGCUAGAAUUGUGCUUGUGACUCAAGCACAUCUCUUCAAGCCAACAUACCCUCCAAGCAAAGAGAAGUUGAUAGGGCCAGAGGCUGUGUUCUUUCAACAAGGUGCCUAUCACUCCAUGCUCAAGAGGUUGGUUCAAGCCUCUUUUUUACCCUCCACAAUUAAGCACUCAGUCUCUGAGGUCGAGCGAAUUGUCAUCAAAAUGGUGCCAACUUGGACCUACAAAACUAUCAACACCUUGCAAGAGAUGAAAAAGUAUGCAUUUGAAGUAGCUGCAAUCUCAGCCUUUGGGGAAAUAAAGGAGCUUGAAAUGGAAGAAAUCAGGGAGCUCUAUCGUUGCUUGGAGAAGGGAUACAACUCUUAUCCAUUAAAUGUUCCUGGAACUUCCUAUUGGAAGGCAAUGAAGGCAAGGAGGCAUUUGAAUGAGAGCAUAAGGAGGAUAAUAGAGAGAAGAAAGGAAAGUUCAAAUUAUGGUGGGGGGCUAUUGGGAGUUCUAUUGCAAGCUCGAGGUGAGAAGAACAACAAGUACUAUCAGCAGCUCACAGAUUCUCAAGUUGCUGAUAAUCUCAUUGGUGUCAUCUUUGCUGCACAUGACACCACAGCAAGUGCUCUAACAUGGGUCCUCAAGUACUUGCACGACAACGCCAAUCUAUUGGAAGCUGUGACGAAAGAACAAGAAGGAAUAAAAAACAAACUAGCUAUGGAAAAUCGUGGACUUUCGUGGGAUGAUACCAGGCAGAUGCCGUUCACUAGCCGGGUGAUCCAAGAAACACUGAGAAGUGCAAGCAUUUUGUCAUUCACAUUCAGAGAAGCAGUAACAGAUGUUGAGUUGGAAGGUUACACUAUUCCAAAAGGUUGGAAGGUCCUUCCCCUCUUCAGAAGCAUUCAUCAUUCUGCUGACUUCUUCCCUCAGCCAGAGAAGUUUGACCCUUCAAGAUUCGAGGUGCCACCGAGACCAAACACAUACAUGCCUUUUGGAAAUGGAGUCCACUCUUGUCCAGGCAGUGAGCUGGCUAAGCUUGAGCUUCUUGUCCUCCUUCAUCAUCUUACCCUUUCUUACAGGUGGCAAGUUGUGGGAAAUGAAGAUGGAAUUCAAUAUGGUCCUUUUCCAGUGCCCAAACAUGGGUUACCAGUGAAGAUAACCCCGAGGAACAAGAUAUUUACGUGAAGUUGGAAACUUUAAUUAGACCCAUUGAGAAUGAACCCAGAACAUGUUAAGAAAGUGGGGCCAAAGCAAUUUGUCCCCUCUCAAGAUAAUGAAGAUUAUUAUUUUUUUUCUUUUUUCAUUUUGUUGUAGAGGUAAAAAGAUUCCUCUCACAUUUAUAUAGGCUCUAUAUGAGAUGAAUCUAGCUAGCUACCUCUGAUUACACUCUGCAUGUUUGUGCAGGAAAAAAAAUGUACAAGAAAAUAAAAUAUUCAAAAUUGGAAUAUGUGAAUGCUGAAUGUAUAAUUGAAUUUAUGUUUUGAUUGAAGAAUAAAGAUAAGUUUGUAGAUUA